AUGAGCAGCAGCAGCAGCAAAAUGAGCAGCAGCAGCAGCAGCAGCCCCACACCACAGCCUCGAGCGUCACCAGCGCAGCUGCACCACCGCAGCCGCAACACCCGCCUCUGCAGCGGCAGCAGCACCUGCCUCAGCAGCAGCAGCAGCAGCAGCAGCAGCAGCAGCAGCAACUGCCGUAGCAGCAGCAGCGCCCGCCCCAGCAGCAGCGGCAAGCGCAGCAGACGCCUCAGCAGCAACAGCAGCACCCGCCUCAGCAGCAGCAGCAACAGCGCCCGCCUCAGCAGCAGCAGCAGCGCCCGCCUCAGCAGCACCUGCAGCAGCAGCAGCAGCAGCAGCAACUGCAGCAGCAGCAGCAGCAGCAGCAAACCUCAACCACCACUGCAGCAGCAGCAGCAGCAGCAGCAGCAGCAGCAGCAGCGGUGCAGCAGCAGCAGCAGCGGCGGCAGCGGCGGCAGUGGGAGUGGCGGCAGCGGCAGCAGCAGCGGAGGAGGAGAGCGAGCGCGGCAGGGGGGCGGCCGCAGCAGUGAAGACGUGCGGAGCCGCAGCAGCAGCAGCAGCAGCAGCAGCAGCAGCAGCAGCAGCAGCAGCGGCUGGAGGUGGGACUCUGGGGUGCUGCAGCUGCGGCUGCUGGGAACAGCAGCAUCACCUGCUACCUCGCCGCCACAGGAACCGAACCAGCAGCAGCAGGAGCAGCAGCAACAGCAGCAGCAACAGCAGCAGCAACAGCAGCAGCAGCAGCAGCAACUUACGGGGCCCUGCAACCUUGAAGACGACCCCAACGCCAGUGUUAUCCUCUCCGAAGAGAGUGGCGCUGUCUUUCUCUGCAGGAGGCGCCAUUUUGAAACAGCCGCUGCUGCAACGUCUAGCUCAAGCUGCGACCACAGCAAGCAGCAGCAGCAGCAGCGGCAGCAGCAGCAGCAGCAGCUCGUGUUGCCUCCUUUGCCGCCGCAAUGGAGGCGUCGUCCGCACCGUGUGCAGCAGCAGCAGCAGCAGCAGCAGCAGCAAGAGCAGCAGCAGCAGCCCCGCCCCCAGCAGCAGCAGCAGCAGCAGCAGCGCCUCGAGGGCCUAGCCGUGGCGGCGCGGAGAGUGCUGGGCAAUUCUGUUUUCUGCCCGCGGGAGUUUCAUUCAGUGCGAGUUGAUGUCCGCUGUGGGGCCAAUGGAGUUGCUUCGCUAAAUAUAUUCAGCAACGGGAAGGUGAUGGGGACUGGGGCGAACACGGUGCUGGCGCUGCGGGUGGCCAUGCUGAAGGUGCUGCGGCGGCUCAUUCAGCAGCAGCUGGUGCCAGCAGCAGCAAAGCUGCAGCAGUUCCGAGUGGGCAAUUUGCUGGCUUCUUACGCGCUGCCUUCGCGGCUGCAGCUGCAGCAGCUUGCUGCUGCUGCUGCUGCUCACAACCUGCAGCUCGACAUGGACCCCGAGCGCUUCCCCGGAGCCCGCAUCAAAGUCCCCAUUCAAGCAGCAGCUGCCAAGCAGAAGGAGCAGCGGGAGAGCGAGCCUGGAACAGCAGGGGCGUGGACGCGCAGCAGCAGGGGGGGCCCCCCGGGGGCCCCCGGGGGCCCCGGGGGGCCCCCCAACAGAAAAGCAGAAGUGGUAACUUUGCAUGCAUUCAGCAGCGGGAGAAUUACCAUUACGGGGGCCCGUUCUGUUGCUUCGCUGCAGCAGGCCCUUGUGGGGGUUUUGCCGCUGCUGCUGCGCUGCCCGGGUCGCCAGCUGCAGGCAGCAGCAAACGGCGACUAG